AUGGAGUCCAACUACAAACUUCGGUGCCUUGUGUUGGGCGAAAAUCAAGACCAUAUCUUCUCGACCGUCGGGGACCUUAAAAACUUGAUCAAGGAAAAGAAGAAGCCAGAAUUUGAUGAUAUUGCCGCUCAUAGACUCCAGCUACAGCAGGUCAACCUGCCUGUCGACGAGACGCUCAAAGACUGUCUUGACAAUCUUACACCAGAGCAAUUCUUAUCACCUGUGACUAAAUUGCUCGACGUUUUUAAACAUCAACCCGACGAAUAUCACCUGCAUAUUGUUGUCCAAUCGCCGCAUACCGUUUCUGUGGUGCCACAGAUUCCAGUUGUUGGUCAACGAUCGACUUAUCUCCAGAAGAGCACAGGUCCUCCGUCAGCUGGUGCAAAAUUGGCCGCAUUCUCUGCAACACAGGAGAAGGAAGAGUACCUUUGCAAUCGUCCUCGCAGAGCCACGGACUCUCUUCCAGUUACUCUUCUUGAACGUAUCUUCACCGAAUUCGUGGAUGAUUGUCAAAAUUAUCAACCAACUGCCUACGAUAACGACUUUGUUUUGCAACUUUCGGAAAAUAUGUCCUCCUUCUAUCCCGAUGAGCUCACACGGAUGAAUGUAUUCAGGCAACUGCUCUGCAACUACGGUAUUCCACUCGAGGCUUCUAUGAUUGGCCCCACAAAAUAUAUGACAGACGGACAUCUUUUGUCCCCCAACAGACAGUUUGUGCAGGUGAUAAUAGAGGGGAAGAACGAGAUCGGAAGCGGCGGUGCCGAACCAUUCGCAGAGGCAAUGUUGCACUACCGGAAGUUUUUGGAAAACUCGCAGAUUGAGAUAGUGAGGCUCCGGUCUGUGAUUCCAUGCAUCCAUAUCAUUGUGUUCGGCGCCUGCAUUGGCUUUGCUGGCUCUGUUUUCAUCGAAAAGGUCCAAUGUGAUGUCCUGGCCCCCAUCAUUCCUCCGUUUUGUCAUAUAACAGACCUCCCUAUGCAAGUGAUGGCGGCUCGUACUUUCGGAGCUCUGAAAAUCGCCACCGAGAAACUCGGAAAGCUGUACUCCCAACCAAUUCCCCUCCUCGAAGACAAGGAUGCAUCUCUAGGAUUUCCCUAUCCUCGGCAUUAUACCCAUUCAGGAGAUCACAUUCAGCAAUUCUCGUAUGAUGAAACUCAGAGCCUCAGGGAUCGACUUAUCUUCUUCGGGAAAACGGUCGGCGAUGCGGCUAGGAGUGGGAGAAAGAUAUGUAUCAAGUUUGUCAGGCACUAUUCCCGUGAGGCCCACGACUUCUGUGCGGGAAAGGGGCACGCUCCGAACCUUAUCGCCUACAACACUUUAGCCGGUGGCUGGAAUAUGGUGGUUAUGGAUGUGCUUGAUAUUGAUGAUGGUCGCUCCGCGCAACGGCCUGGCUCAUAUCGAUUGCUGAGUGCGAUGGCUGUUUCGGACCGCCAGCCGCUGAAGGAGGCCAUCACGUCUCUUAUCAAGAAGUUACACGCUGUCGGCUACGUUCAUGGCGACCUUCGGGAUAUGAAUUUCGCUGUGAGGGACAACAAUAAAGACUUCAUGCUGCUCGAUUUCAAUUGGGCUGGACUGACCGAAAAGGCUCGUUAUCCUAUGUAUGUUAAUCGGAAGGAUAUUCGACGUCCUGAUGGUGCGUCGGAUGGGGAGAAGAUUAUGGCGGAGCAUGACUUGGAUAUGCUGAAAUAUCUAUUUCAUACUCAGGAAGAUGAUCGGGAGAUGGCUGCAAAGCGCCGCCGUAUUUCUACUGGUGAAGAGUCGGCAAUGGACAUUCUAUGAUUCACGCAGAUUGAUUCAUAAUUUGUUGUACAAAAGUUAAUACCAGUCUGUUUUGUUUUUCACAAAGCUAUCAUACAGUGACUUUGAGAGAAUAGUGACAUAGAUCAGUCUCCAAAGUUCUGUCGCAUUUGCUGAUCCCACCAGCCUCUGGCAGGAAGUUCCUGGUUGAUAGAGGAUGGUAGGAUUGCCAGGCGGUUUGGCGGUAGGCUGGAACCCUAACCUAUGCAUCAAACACUUCGAGUCUAGAUAGCAUAUACAUUUGACUCACCGAGGAUGGUCCGUCACCUUUGUUUUGGUGUUUCACUCUGCUUGAGGUCUUGAGGCCUGGUUCGCCAUUUCGCCAUAGAGUACUACUUAGAACCUCCUGAUCAAAUCCGAGAUGAGUU